AUGGCAAAAGAUUAUGGAGAUUGCGUGUUACCGGAGCUGAAGGUUCAAUGUCUUGCAACCACCCACACAUCUUACCCCAAAAAAGAAUGGCUUCAACCAAGGCGUUAUAAGGCUCAUUUAAUGGGUAUCACCUACGCUUACGAUUUUCCUGAAUUAUUUCAUCAAGCUAUUGAUGUUUUGAAAGCCAAAGAACUUGUGCUCGACGAGAAUAAUAAUUUACAAGAAUUGGAGAGAGCUUCUAGAACGAAUUCAUUUGGUAUGGUUGCAUGGAUCUUUACUCAUUUUACCCCAAUGUCCUUUACUGCUAUGAUGAAAACCGUUUUUAAUUUUUUAAUAAGAGAUAAUACACAAUCUUGGAUUUCUGCAGUAACUAUUAGCCGUUGGCAUCGUGAAGUAUCAGAAUUACAUGUGAGAAAUAUUUUCCAGCAAGCAAAUCAGUCUAAUAAAUUUGCAUUUGGAAUCGUAUUAGUAGAAUGCUUCAUGUUUUGGAAUUCUGCUAAGAAUAUGACAGAUGUAAUACUUUUAGAAACAAAAAAUCUUCAACGCUGUGAUUCUGAUACGAUCAGUCAGGCUCUUAUAGAAACUUGUACAAAAUACAAUAUUAAUACUGCACAAUGUCUUACCUUUCUUUCUGAUAAUACAAAUUACAUGAGUGAUCAUAUCGGAGGUGCUGUAGAGAAAUUUAAUCGAUUAGCUAAAU